UGCAUUUAUUUUUGGAUUUAUGUUUUUUAAGACAGCUCAUUCAGCAACUAACAAAUUCAUAUUAUUUCUAGAAAAGGAAACUUAUUUUACUUUCUCUACUCUCCUGAAAACAAGAAACUAAAAGCUCUAAGCUUUUCUACAAAAUAGCCAUGAAUUCGAAUUACUGGUUUCACGUGAGUACCUGAAUAAUCUUAUGGUCAGCCUUUCUCUAUCACUGUCUUAUGUAUUUUGGAUAUUCUUAAUUUUAUCUAUUGUUUCUUUUUUAGUAUUUUUGGAUAAGUUGAAGGAUUUUAAGUAAUGGGCGUCUGAGAAUUUUGUUUGUUAGUUAUGAAUAUGUACUAAGAGAAUCCAAUUUCUUGUGAGUUGUCACCCUUUAUUUUUCCAAUUUAGCUUUUUGGUUAGAAUAUGGAAUCAUGAGCUAGCACUAUGUGAAUUUUCAUUAUUACCUGCUUUUUUUCCUGCUGUACUUUUUGUAUACUAAUAGCAGUGGCGUAGCCAGAAAAUUUAGUCGAGGCGAACUGUAAAAGAGGAAAAUAUAAUCGACGGUUUCUUCGUUCCAACCAGGGCGGAACUCGGAAUUAUAUGUUGGUUGUGAUUUUAUUUUGUUUUGGAUAUUUGGUUGAUUAAGCUCAUGAUUGGAGACAACAUUGUUGUGGAGGGUUUAAGUUACUAUGAUUUGUUAAUUUGAAUGGAUUUAUUUGGUUAGAGUAAGCUACUGGAGUAAUAGGAGAAGAGUUGAAUUGUGAUAAGGACUGAGAGAUGUCAUCAAAAUCUACAAACAGUGCGAGAAGCAAUUCUGCUAGAUCGAGGCAAACUGCUCGAGUGGUUGCACAGACAUCCAUCGAUGCGAAGUUACAUGUGGAUUUUGAAGAAUCGAAACGCCAAUUUGAUUACUCUGCAUCUGUUGACAUCAUCAUCGCAAGUUCAAGUAGCUAUGCUGCUUCUCAUACUGUAUCAGACUAUCUACGAAAAAUGCAGAGAGGCAGUUUUAUUCAACCAUUUGGCUGUAUGAUUGCUGUAGAUGAACAAAGUUUGAAGAUUCUUGCUUAUAGUGAAAAUCUCCCAGAGAUGUUGGAUUUGGCUUCGUAUGCUUUUUCUGUUCCGAACAUUGAGCAGCAAGAAGCUCCGACUUUCGGAAUGGAUCUACGAACACUUUUCCGGUCCCAAGGUGCUGCUGUUGCAGUAACUUUUUCAGAAGUCAAUCUUCUAAAUCCCAUACUGGUCCAUUCCAAAACCUCCGGCAAGCCUUUUUAUGCAAUCUUACACAGAGUUGAUGUGGGUUUGCUUAUAGAUUUGGAACCAGUUAAUCCCGAGGAUGUGCCGAUCACAGCUUCUGGGUCGUUGAAAUCGUAUAAACUUGCCGCUAAAGCCAUCUCAAGAUUGCAGUAUUUGUCCAGUGGGAAUAUAUCUCUACUGUGUGAUGUUUUAGUUAAAGAAGUUAGUGAGCUGACCGGUUAUGAUCGUGUGAUGGUUUAUAAAUUGCAUGAAGAUGAGCAUGGGGAAGUGAUUGCUGAGUGUCGUAGACCAGAGUUGGAGCCUUACCUCGGCUUACAUUACCCAGCUACUGAUAUACCUCAAGCUUCGAGAUUUCUCUUCAUGAAAAACAAGGUUCGGAUGAUCUGUGAUUGUUUGGCACCUGCAGUAAAAGUAAUUCAAGACCCGAGCUUAACCCAGCCGUUAAGUCUUUGUGGGUCUACUUUGCGAUCUCCUCAUGGCUGUCAUGCACAGUAUAUGGAAAAUAUGGGCUCAAUUGCAUCUCUUGUCAUGGCAGUGACUAUUAACGAGGAUGGUGAUGAGACAGAGGACGAUAAGCAGAAAGAAAGAAAAUUGUGGGGUUUAGUGGUUUGCCAUCACACCAGUGCUAGGUUUGUUCCAUUUCCGUUGAGGUAUGCUUGUGAGUUCUUGAUCCAAGUGUUUGGCAUUCAGAUCAAUAAGGAAGUGGAACUGGCAGCUCAAAUGAGGGAAAAGCACAUUUUGCAAAUUCAAACUGUACUUUGUGACAUGCUUCUUAGGGAUGCUCCGGUGGCGAUUAUCACUCAAUCACCUAAUGUGAUGGAUCUUGUUAAGUGCGAUGGGGCCGCCCUUUAUUACAAGAAUAAAUUUUGGUCGCUUGGAAUUACCCCUAACGAAGCACAGAUUAUAGAUAUCACUAAAUGGCUUCUCGAGUACCACUCUGAAAGUACAGGCUUGAGUACGGAUAGCCUUAUGGAAUCUGGUUACCCAGGCGCAUCUGCUUUGGGUGAUGCAGUUUGUGGGGUGGCAACUAUUAGAAUCAGUUCAAAAGAUUUUCUUUUCUGGUUUAGAUCCCACGCUGCUAAAGAGAUCAAGUGGGGUGGUGCAAAACACGAUCCUGAAGACAAGGAUGGAAGAAAGAUGCAUCCGAGGUCUUCUUUCAAUGCUUUUCUUGAGGUAGUUAAGUGGCGGAGCUCACCAUGGGAAGAUACUGAAAUGGAUGCCAUCCACUCUUUACAGCUGAUAUUGAAAGGAUCCUUGCAGGAUGAGGUUGCAGAAGAUUCAAAAAUGAUUGUGAAUGUUCCAUCAGUCGAUGAUAGGAUUCUACGAGUGGAUGAAUUGCAUGUCUUCACAAAUGAAAUGGUCCGUCUUAUUGAAACAGCUGCUGCUCCCAUCUUUGCUGUAGAUGUCUUGGGCAAUAUAAAUGGGUGGAAUUCCAAAACGACCGAACUGACAGGUCUCACUGUUGAUGAAGCCAUCGGCAAACCCUUAGUUGAUCUUGUCGAGGGUGAUUCCAUCGAUGUAAUUAGGAACUUGCUAUCAUCAGCUUUGCAAGGUCUGGAUCAAAAGAAUGUCGAAAUCAAACUUAAGACUCAUGGUUCUCAGGAAAAAGGCGAUCCUGUAAUUCUGUUGGUUAAUGCAUGUUGCAGUCGAGAUGUAAGGAAAAAUGUGGUGGGCAUUUGCUUUGUAGGGCAAGAUCUUACUGGGCAGAAAACGGCUAUAGAGAGACAUUCUCGUCUCCAAGGCGAUUAUGUUGGAAUAGUGCGAAAUCGUUCAACACUCAUUCCUCCUAUUUUUAUGGCUGACGAGAACGGUCGAUGCUUGGAGUGGAAUUAUGUAAUGCAAAAAAUAUCUGGUUUAAACAGGGAAGAAGCUGUCGAUCAAAUGCUUUUCGGUGAGGUUUUCUCUGUCAACAGUUUCGGUUGUCGGGUUAAAGAUAACGACACGUUGACCAAACUCAGAAUUUUAUUAAAUGAGGUAGUUACAGGCCAGGAUGCUGAUAAAUUGGUGUUUGGAUUCUUUGAUCAGCAGGGUAAAUACAUUGAAGCUUUGCUAUGUGCAAACAAAAGAACCGACAUCAACGGAAGAAUCAACGGGGUUCUGUUCUUUUUGCAUAUUGCAAGCCCAGAACUUCAAUAUGCUUUGCAGGUGCAGAGAAUUUCAGAACAGGCUGCAGACAGAAGCCUUAAUAAACUGAAAUAUAUUCGCCAUGAAGUUAUGAAUCCUUUAAGUGGAAUUAUGUUAAUGCAGAAUCUAAUGGGCGCUUCUGACUUGAGCAAAGAACAGAAUCAGUUAUUGAAGACAAACAUCUUAUGUCAAAAGCAGUUGAACAAUAUUAUCAGUGACACUGAUAUUGAGAGCAUUGAAGAAUGCUACAUGGGACUAAAUUGUGGUGAAUUUAACCUCGGAGAAACCCUGGAAGUUGUCGUAAAACAAGCUAUGCCGGUAAGUCAGGAAAGGCAGGUGGAGUUUAUCAGUGAAUUACCAGAAGAAUUGUCCUCCAUGAACUUAUAUGGAGAUAACUUGAGGCUUCAGCAAGUUCUUUCAGAUUUUCUGGCAAAUGCUAUCUUAUUCACCCCUGCAUUUGAGGGAUCAUCAAUUACAUUCAGAGCAAUUCCACGAAAGAAACGCAUAGGAACAAAGAUGCACAUUCUUCACAUCGAAUUUUGUAUCUCGCACCCAGCCCCGGGGAUUCCGCAAGAUUUAAUGCAAGAGAUGUUCCGUCUUAGCGAAGGUGUUUCAAGAGAAGGACUCGGGCUAUACAUGAGCCAGAAGCUUGUGAAGAUUAUGAAUGGAAAUGUACAGUAUAUUAGAGAAGCAGAAAGGUCAUCUUUUAUUAUUCUCAUAGAAUUUCCAUUGCUUAACCAGACUUGAUCUCUCUUGAACUUGUAUGGUUUUAUGAGUUGGAGUGACAAAAGUUGCUGUAAAGAAUGAAAAAUCUGAUCAUAAAUAAAAAAAAACAAUUUUUUCCUCCUCCUACAA